AUGAGGCAAAGACGCAUGUCAAUACAGAUUCUACAAGAAUCUACUCUAGGAAUUUCAAAGUCGUCCCGUCCCAAGUUGUCAAAUCCCCCUUCGUCUACAAGUUCCAAGGGACUUUGUGUCCAUCAUCAAUCUCGAAUACAAAGUAAGAUCAACAAGACGGACAUAACGAAAGAGAUAGUUAAGGGGAAGACGAGUGAGGUGAAUAUAAGCAAUACGGACAAAAAAGAGGAUAUCAUAUUUGUGAACAAUAACACGAGGGUCGUAGGUAUCGACAAAUUGGACAAGACGGACAAGACGGACAAGACGAACAAGACGGAUCAAGUUGAUAAACGUAACAACAAGGACAAAGUAGCGAUAGACAAAUCGGAUAAAGAUAAAGAUCAUCAAGUGGUAAUAGUAUCAAAAGUUGAUAAAAAAGAUAAAGAUAAAGAAAUAACUAUAAAACCUUCUACACCACCACCUCCUUAUACCGAAACGGAUCAUACUCUCUCUUCUCAUUCCAACCCUACCACAUCUUUCAUACCCAAGGAGAAAAACAAGGACUCGUCUAAACUUCCAACGAAGGAAAAGGUCUUACCUAGGUUUAAUUCUUUACCACUCAACACUCAUCAAUCUGGUACGAGUAAAGAACACAAACUUAAAGUUGACACUGGGAAUUCGAAGAUACAACAAGAAUCAGUAUCUCGUGAUACUCGUACUCGCGAUCAAGAUCUAAAGAUACCUUCUACUCAAUCACCACUUUUUAUCAAAGUAGAAGAUCGAAAACAUUCAACUGACCCCGACAAAUCUGGAAGAUCUGGUGAAUCUCGACCUAGAGCUUUUUCUCAAGCUCAAGCUCAAGCUCAACUUUUGGUCAAAGAUUCAACAACAACAACCCAAACAGUUUUACCACUUUUCACACAUACUACACCUUCAUACCCUUUCACACCGUAUAUCUCUAAUCAAUAUACGCAGGAAACAAAUACACAAUCUAAAUCUAAACAUCACAAUCACAAUCACAAUCAAAAACGACAUUUAACACCACCACCUAAACCUCUCACAACUCAACCAACACCUUCUUUCCCACUCACUUCACCUAUUCAUCCUCCAUCAAACCAAUUCCCAUUCCCAGGUUCUUAUCCAUAUACGAACCCUUCUUCACCUUCUCAUCAAUAUCCUCCUACAUCUUUUCCAUUCCCAACUCAACAAUAUCCUUUUAUCCCUUCUCAACAAUAUCCAUUUCCUAGUCCUCCUACUCACACACAACCAUUAACACCACAAGUUUACCCCAAUCCAGAAAGAUCGAAUCGUCUUCCUUUAAGUACUAGAUUAAGAACAUUAUCAGGUCCUAAUACACAUAAAGAUACACCUCCACUUCCACAUCCUACUUUCCCAAAUUUACCUUUUCGUGUAAAUCGGAGAGAAGAAAUAAACUCUGGUCGAUUGAAUUGGAAAGAUAUUCCUAAUCGAACUAGAAAAGAAGAAUCACGUCAAUCUAUUAUUGGUAGAAGAGAAGAAGAAGGUUAUCCUUUUGUGAAAUCUACUGGUAUUUUGAAAAAAGAAGAAAAUUCAAUAAAGAAUAAAGAAGGUAUAAGAAAAGAAGAAGGUUUUUUAUCAAAUUUUUUGGCAAGAAAUACAAGAAGUGAAAGUAGAACAACUUUUUCUACUGAUAUUAGUAGAUCUACUGAAAGUUCAAGAACAACUGGAACUACCGGACUGUCUGGAACUACAGGAACUAGAAGAAGUAAUAGUAAUAGUACAGAAACUGAAACGGAAAUUGACGAAAUGGCAAAUUCUGGUCCUCCUAGAAUGUUGAUCCUCUCAGGAGGAGGUACAGAAGCUUUAUUAUUGCUUCCUCCAUCUUAUGACAAAGCCUUAGCGGCCGCAUACGAAAAACUAGGUGUUAAUAAAAACACACAUGAUUUACGUCUUACUUGUAAGGCUAGUGAGAUACCGUGGAUAGGACCUGCUUUGGGUACUGAAGAGGUUUUUAUCGCCGACAACGAUUCUUUCCACUAUGCAUGCGCGGGCAAAGCUGUAGUCAGACUAGGAGUCGUGGUGUUUGAUAAAAACGUCGGAAAAGGUGGCGAUCAGAACAAAGGCGGUGCGACUGUGGCAGCGGCUCCUCCUGCUCCUGCUUCUGGAUCAGGGGAGAAGAAAGAUAAAGAUAAAGAAGGUGGAGGAGGGGGUGCGAAACCAUCCGGACAAACGGCCGACGUGUCCAUGUCGGUCGAAACUACCGCUGGAAAAGGAGCCACCCUCCUCGCUUCUUUAUCAGGAGAAUUGAGCAAGGGUCUACCACCAGGAGAUUACCUGGGAACAUUGACUGUGGAGGAGAAAACUUUCAACCAGCAAUUCGUUGGAAGACAGUUAGGACCGAAUGAGGUGUUAACGAAAUACGUUGUCCAUGACAAAAACACCGCCCGACUCCUAUUCCGUCCUAGAUCUCUACGUCCCCAAAUCGAUCUACUUUAUCCAGAAGAAAAAUCCGUACGUGUAACCUUUCGUACACGUCUUCGUCUUCUCGGUCAUCCUCUCUGGCCCACACAACUAUCAGAGCUGAUACGUCUUCAACAGCUCGAAGUUUCUUUAUCUGUACAAGAUUGGCAAAUCGUUUCUGCAUACCCUAUGACGAGUUUACAACCUGAUGGACCGAGACAACGUUUAAGAUGGUUUUUGAAAGUUAAGGGGAAUGGUACGGUCGAAGAUUUAUUGACUGGGACGGAAACUAGUGGAUUGUUUGUGGAGAUGUUACCAGUAUCGAAACCUCGACCAACUUCAACUCCAGCGAUUGAUGCUCCACUCAUCCCAUCUUGGCCAGAUAUCCGUCCACAAACAGCAUGGUGUCUACCUCAAACACUUUUCAUUCCCCACAUUGACCGAGUCCUUCAGUCAUUAGGAUUACCAGUGGAAAGUAGGACAGCUAUGAUCAUUUCUUGGUUACCGGGUAUUACCAGGCAUAAGAACAUAGCAUACAAGAUUUUAGGUAACGACGCAAUGUCACCCAGUUCACAACUUAAUAUCAUUCCACCUCCUGAUGUUUUGAUUAGAAUCUUUAUCCUUUUCAAAGGUAUCCCCGAUGGAGAGAUGAAAUCUUGGCAAGAUGCAGGUAUAGUACAAGCUGAAAUGGGACUUGAUUGGAGAGGAAUUGUGGGGUAUAACGAACAUUUAUACGAUGAAAAUAAAUUUAGAGUUUUCGAAUAUGGUGCCAUGGAGGUAUUUGACUAA